UCGAAAGACUCUAAGCCAAGCUGGAGCCACUACGCAGCAUCACCAGUACGUCCAUAGCUAUCCAUCUGCGUCCAAUUCUCAAUGUGCCAUUUUGCUCACGAGCUUUCUAGCGAACUUGAACGUGACAAAGCUUUCAGCCGUCGUCCCAAGCAUGUCAUCGAGCAAACACACAAAAGAGCCCACUUACCCCCUCAUCCUCUACACCUAUAACUCGGACAAGAUCCUGUUACCCCACACCAAAACCAUCGAGGAGACACUCAAGCUCCUCCAAUAUUAUUUAGAGAUGCCAAAGAACGAUGACGUUGAGCUAACCACGAAGUGGGGAUCACACUCGGUACGGCUCGUCGCCCAUACGUGGCCAUAUAUUGCAGGAGCGGUGGACGAGAUCAAAGUGACCACCUACGAGAAGGGUCCAUUGUCUCCUUAG